AUGGAAUCAGAGAUGUAUUCACAAUAUGAGGAUAAUAACAAAAAGAAAACAUCUCUUGGUGUUAAAGUUCUUGUAGCUCUUAAUGCAUUAGUUUUAGCAUUAAUUGUUGUUACAUAUGUUGUCGGAAUUCGUGUUCAAAAGAGAAUUGCCGACACAACAAUUAGAAAUAAUACAUUUGAUAAUCUUUUCAAAGAAUUCGAAGCCGAAUUACCCGAUAUUGCUUUACCAUCUGCUUAUGCUCCUCCUUAUAUCAAUCCAGCUACCGAUCAGGCUCAUCGUGGAACAUGCUGGUGCUGGUCAACAUUGUAUAAUCUUGAAACCCAAUAUCGUGAGCAAGGAAUUAAGAAAGGAUUCCUUGACGAAAAAACAUUUGUCAAAUUCUCAAUCCAAGCAUUUGUCUCAGUUGUAGGAAAUUACUGCAGAGCACACCCAACAGAAAAGGCAUGCGGCUACGGUGGCUUCAAACGAAAUUCUACAAACGAUAACCAAGUUGAAGCUUUCCCAUAUUUCCUUAAGAUGAUCCAAGGUCUUGACUCCUCUGUUGUUGCUGAUCAAGUCUGCCCAUAUGUACCCGAUCCGAGCCCAGUAACAGAUUUCCAGUGCGAUAAUUUCUAUAAACAAAACGAAUCUAAUCCAAUCCGCUUCAAUUUCAAAGGCAUGACAACAGUUUACGAUACAAGAGCUAUCAAGCAGCUUCUUUUCCUCAAGAAGCAUCCUCUUGGCAUUGGAACUCCACUUGGAACAAUUAAUUUCUACGCAAAGUGCUCAGAAGCACCAUAUUCCAACCACCCACACUGCCAGAAGAAAGUCUUCCGCUGCCCAGACUCACAAACAGAGGAAUACUGCGCUCUCCUUGAGUUCCAAGGCAGAACCAAAGAUGGCACAUUCGUUGGCAUCGACAAAGCCGACCGCCAGACAGAAUUCGGUGGCCAUGCCAUGAACGUUGUUGGCUACAACGACAACUGGCGUUACAAUUCCAGAAUCUCAUCAGAUAAAUCUGUCCAACCAUCAAAGGGCUGUUUGAUCCUCCACAACUCAUGGCGUGCUGAUGGCCAUUCCGUACAGUACCUUCUUGGCAACAGAACUCUUGAAAACGAACAAGUUCUUUGUCCAAAUGUCCGUGCCCCAGAAAACUGGAUCCCAGCAACUCUCGAUUGCGUCAAGAAGAACAAGGAUGAUCCAUCGAAGUGCUCCAAGGAUAUCUUAAGAGUCAGAGGAAACGGAACAACUCACGGAGCUGAUAUCAUCAAAUGCACUUCAACUGACACUUUUUACUGUGAUCAGAACCUUAAAUAUAUCCUUAAGCGCAAGUCCGAUGACGAUGAUGGUUCAUUAGAUGUUUACGAGCUCGACAACGGUCUCCAUGAUAUCGGAUUCAUCGCAUGGAGUGAUACACAAGAGCCAAUGGAAGUAAGGAUAAAGGCAAUGCCAUUCUGGGGUAUUGAUAGAUACAUGACACCUGAAAACGUAGAAGUUGAGAACAACGCAGACGAAUGCGGCUUCUACGCACUCCCAUACCAGGUUAUAGAGAACAUGAGACGAAGAUCGUUCGACUUGUUCGAUAAUUUCAAGUCUUCCGAUUACGAAGUCGAAUUCUUGGACUCUUCUUACAUAAACGCGAAGGUCAAGGAAUCAUAUAACUACGAUUGGCUUAAGAGCUCAACACAACAACAGAACCUCCAUCAGUUCAAUGAGCCAAUUCCAUUCUACGUAUAUCAUUAG